CGUCCUCCACGCGCGUCCGCCGCCGGUCGGCGGUGGAUGAGUCGGUGGCUAGAGACCACGAAGACGGCCGAGCGAAGGCGAGCGCGCGCGAACCGACGAACCCUCGGCCCUCAACGGAGCGUCGCCCCACCACAUCCAGUCGUACUGCGAAUGCCAUACCGUGAGCUUCGUAUUCGCGCCAUUCCCGAGUUACUUUUUCCCCGAACGUGACUCUUUAGCUUUCCUCAAGGAAGAAGGAGAGAGAGAGAGAGAGAGAGAGAGAGAGAGAGAGAGAGAAAGAGAGAAAGAGCGAGAGAGAUUUCUUCUUACUUCGAAAAAGAACAAAAGUUCCUUGGACGCGCGCGUUUUGCACGAUAGAAAGUUUGUAUUUCGCGGGAGAGUUGCUAUACCUAGUUGCUAUACUACUCGGUUUGUUGGUAGUUUGAAGGAAAGGAGAGACUUGUUGUUGGAAACGUGUAACGCGAUAGUUAAUCCGAGUAGGUGCUCGAUCGUACGUUCGAUUAGACGCGAGUGGGAUCGAUCGAUCGAAGGAAAAGAUAUAUAUAUCUUGUAUACGCACAUAUAGAAAGAAAAGACCUCGAGUAACGCUAGGAAAAGCAUGCUGCGUGCUUCCAACCGGACAAUGCCGGCGUGGAAUCGCUCGUAAAGGGAAAGAUCGAUUGGAAGUCGAUUAUGAGGCGCGCCUGAAGUCUUCGAAUCGGUGGAGAAUCUUGAGGAGGUGGAGAAGAUGGAGUCCUCGGGACUUGUCACCGAGUGGUCCUCUUUGCCGAACGCGCCCAGGGAAAAGAAGGAACGUAAUCGUGCGAACGACGACAUAAUCACGUCGACGCCGAUCGUCCCGACGAUGACGAUGAACUUCCGUAAGGAGUCCUGUAUAAAUUGGAUGAUGUGCGCCCUCUGUCUCGCGAGUCUCGCCGUGUCAGGGAUACUGACGUAUCGCGAGAUGCGCUUGGAAUCGAGGAUCGGGAGUCUGGAGGCCCGAUGCAGGAUCCAGGAGACGCCGGAUGUCCUCGUGCAGAGGCUUAGGAGGGAGCUGCGCGAAGAAUUUGAGCAACACAGGCUCGCACCCGCGAGUGCUGCCUCGGCGGCACUCUUCAGGAUCAAACGCGACGUCACCGAGUGCAAUUGUCCACCAGGUCCACCGGGAGAGCCAGGUCCGCCAGGGAAAAAAGGAAAGAAGGGCAAAAAGGGUGAACCCGGAGAGCCCGGGCCGCCGGGUGUGGCCGGGACGCCGGGCAAGAACGGUUUUCCGGGACCUAUCGGGUUGGACGGACCUAAAGGAGAUGCGGGUCGACCGGGUGAGAAAGGACAAAAAGGAGAACUUGGAAGCCCUGGCUUCGAUGUCUUCUCAGCAGUAAAGGUCAAUGCACAGGGAUUGGGGUUAAAGAGGUCGGUGACGACCCUCCGUGGCGGGACACUCGGAUAUGCGGAAAUCGUCGCUCUGAAGGGACUUCAGGAGCAAGGGCAUAAUAUAUCGACGCAAACCAUCAUACAACUCAAAGGUGAGCCAGGAGAACCCGGGCCACCGGGUCCACCAGGUCCACCAGGAUCAGAGGGUCUCCCAGGACAUGAAGGCAGACAAGGGAUUCCUGGUGAAGUCGGUUCGCCGGGAGAAAAAGGUGCGCCUGGACCAAUCGGACCAAUUGGUCCAUCCGGUAUUCCAGGACUUCCGGGUCCUAAGGGUGACAAGGGAGAUAAAGGAGAUCGUGGCCUGACGACUUCGAUGAAUGGCGAACCAUUUCCAACGGGAAUAUUGGAAGGUCCUCCUGGUCCACCUGGACCGCCUGGGCCCCAGGGCGAGAAGGGAGAGCUGGGUCCGACAGGACCACCCGGUCUGACCGGCGAGAAGGGUGCCCGGGGAAAGCAAGGGAAGAGGGGUUUCAAGGGUGAGAGCGGUAUUACAUUGGCGAGGGGUCCACCCGGCCCACUGGGUCCAAAGGGUGAAAGGGGUUACCGGGGCGAAAAGGGCGCCAAGGGAGACCAGGGCUCGCCAGGACCUAAGGGAGAACAAGGAGCUCAGGGUCCACCGGGAUUUAACGGGACCGAUGGCGAAGCUGGCAUACAAGGUCCACCGGGAUUACCGGGCCUUUCCGGACCCAAAGGUGAGAAAGGCGAGUACGGUGAUAUCGGACCUCCCGGACUCAUGGGACCUCCAGGUUUGCCUGGUCCACCGGGCUAUCCUGGGAUGAAGGGUGACAAGGGUGAAAAGGGCGAAUCGAAGUACAAAAAACUGAGAAGAAGGCAGGGUGACGGCACCUUCGAAGUCAAUGCGGGCGAAGUGAUUAUGGGACCUCCUGGACCACCUGGACCAGCCGGUACUCCUGGAUUGCAAGGUCCACCUGGUAUCAAGGGCGACAGAGGACACGACGGCGCCAAGGGUGAUCCUGGAGAGAAAGGUGCCAAAGGAGAUCCUGGUCCGAUGGGAUUACCCGGCCCCAUGGGACUGAGAGGCGAAUCCGGAAAGCCCGGAGAUUCCGGGAAACCUGGCGCCAUGGGACCCUCAGGACUAGACGGCAUGAAGGGAGCACAAGGGGAGCCUGGAACGAAGGGUGAAAGGGGAGAUCCAGGAUUGCCCGGUACCGAUGGGAUUCCAGGAACGGAGGGACCGAAGGGUGAGAAAGGUGCUAAAGGCGAUUGUGGACCACCUGGUAAGAGAGGAAGAAAAGGAGACAAGGGUAACAAAGGCGAUCAGGGUGUACCUGGACUAGACGCGCCCUGUCCCCUCGGUCCUGAUGGCCUUCCAUUACCAGGUUGCGGCUGGAGACCACCUCAGGACACGACGAGUACGUCGACGCCAGUGAUCGAAGGACCAGAACCCGCAGAAACGGAUUACGAGCCGGAAGAGGAGUACGAGGAGUAUCCAGAUCACAACGGGAACUUAGCGGAGCCAUAAUGCUCAUUGUGCGCUGCCCUACUCACCACUACAACCACCACCAUCACCAACACCCUCAUCACACGACUCACCCUGCUCUCCCAAACUAACGUGGUCCUGCCAAGAAGUAAUAUUCUGCGCGAAUGGCUGGCGGAGGAGGAAGAGGAGGAGGAAGAAGGGCAGUGACACAGAUGGUUUACUGAAAGUAGCGCAUUUUCAUCAAGGACCUUCCUGUAUCCGCGUCGCUAACGUACACGACUCACCAACGAUUCACCGUAUUCCGAAUUCGAUGCGAUCGGUUUAGCGAUAUAUACGCCAAACUAAAUCAUCUUGCCACAGAGGAGUGUUGUAAAUAAGUGUACUUACAGUGUCUAGCGUCCGCAGUGCGUGUACAUAAAUAAUUAGUUUACUGCUACAAUUAGGAUCCAUGGUGAUGAUGAAGAUGGUUGUACGAUCUCUCUCUCUCUCUCUCUCUCUCUCUCUCUCUCUCUCUCUUCUCUUUCUUUCUUUUUCUUUCUCUUUCUCUCCCCCUUCUUUCUUUCCUUCUCUCUCUCUCCCCCUCUCCCUCUCUCUCUCUCUCUCUCUCUUUUUCUCUUUCUCUCAAUUUCUGUCCACGAAAUUAUCGAGCAAUUCUCUAGAGUCUAAAAGAACAACAUCCAGAUUCCUCCUACGACGACAAAGAAUGACUUUGAGAGAGCGAUCGUGAUUCCGGUGUUAGCUUCUGUCUCCUGCUGAAGUGUAUUGAUCGAUCGAAUACGGUGAUGCGGCGCAUAGUGCAAGAGACUCACUUCUUUUUUUUUCUCUCGAUGGACAAAAAGAGAUAGCCAGGAUUGAUAAUUAUUCUUGCUACGAUCGUCGUAUUUCGAGGGCUUCGCUAUCCUAUGUGUAAUUUCUGUGUGUGUGCGUAUGCGCGUAUGUGUGUAUGUAUGUACGAUUGAUAUGCGAGACUUCCUUGUUCCCCGCAUUCUCCAGGAAGGAACGUCUAGAAUAUUAUUUACCUUCAUCUACGGCUACGCGGUACUUCCAAAGUCAAUUUUGCUCGUAAUAACGAUUACGUUCAGAAUUAAACUUGUCCUGCGUAUCAUAAGUGACAUAAUUACCGAACCCAAUAAGCGAUCACCCGCAAUAUUAAUUUCGGAUUUUACGAAAAAUUCCUCCAAAUUCGCUACGAGAGAUUCAGAUUUUUAUACGAUUGUAUUUGAGUCAAGACCCGUGCGGCUCUGCUUUCUCGUUGACUAGAAAUAUCGCUAGUUUUUAAAUCGAACGAGUAAUGUGUACACAUUGUCAAUAUUAGCAAUUAUAAAAUAAAUUUUAAGUGUAUAUCACGGAUAUAUUAUGCCGUUUCUACAUCGGUACAGAUUUCACCGUGUUGUUGCGUGGUAGUCCGAAUGUUAAUUCCGUGUAUUCGAUGGACAGCUUGUGGACGAAGAUAGGCGGAUGAAUUGGACUACGAUUUUACCCGUCCGCUUCCAACGUCUCGAUCUUCCCCUUAUUCGCACGAGCAAGCGAAGAACCUAACGAUAUCGUACUCGCAAUAAAGAUAUGAAGAUUUUCUUCAUUCCUUCGAGUAUAAUUUUUGUUAUUUCUCGCUAUAAGUGUACGACAGUGUAUUAUAAACUUAGUUUUGUACCGAUUAAAUAUUUAUUAAUGGUUACAAUGAUUGUCAUUAUCAAAGCUUAAGCAAUUUGUACUUUUUAAAAUACGAUUGCACUUCAUUCUUAGGAUAAGGUUUUGUUACCAGACAAGUUGGAAUGUUUUCGGGCUGUUCUAUCCACAACUUGUGAUGGAUGUCGUCCUCCUUCAGUUUGGAGCACAAAGUAUGUAAACUGGCCUCGUCAGAAGCCUAACAGUUAGAGAAACUUUGUAAAAGUUACUGUAUUUCUUUGAUGAUUUUAUAUGUACAGAUUAUAGUAAACAAGCACAAUAAUAUAAUAUAUUUAUGUUUUGCUUCAAGCAAGAUAAACAUGA